AUGGGCCCUCUCUUCUGGCUGGGAUGUCUUGCAUGGCUUCUUGUACAAGUGAUGUGCGCCAAAGUUGAGGUGCAUCAUGGUCAUGGCGUCAUAAAGAACACGUACGCUGUGCAUGGCACAACAUCGCAUCGGUGGGCAUGGUGGACGGAACACACGAUGCUGCAGCCGCUGGAUCAUUAUGACAACUCGACGCAGGCCACGUUUGAGCAGCGUUACUUUGUUUUCAUGGAUCAGUACCGAGCAGGUGCCCAAAAGCGCCGUAAAUUAAACGGCAAAGAUGUGGUGCCGGUAUUUGUGUACGAUGGCGGUGAGGAUAGCAUCUCUUCGUUCCCGCACGUGUUGCCGUACACAAUAUUUCCUGCCAUCUGGAAUGCCACCGGUGGGAUUGGCAUCGCUUUGGAGCAUCGCUACUACGGUCAGUCCAAGCCGCGUUUGUCGGAGUUGGGGCACAGUGACCAUUGGGGCACGGACCAAUUGCAGUGGCUCACAUUGCGGCAGUCGCUCGCUGAUUCGGCGCGCUUUCUGCGCCAAGUCCAGCUGGAAGGUGUGCCCCGUGACGCCGAGUUGCGUUUCAUUUACUAUGGCUCGUCGUACGCUGGCGCGCGUGCUGCGUUCAUGCGGACACUCUACCCGGACCUGGUGUUUGGCGCGAUUAGCAGCUCGGGUGUGGUGCACGCCAUAGAUGCCCUCCCCCAGUAUAGCGAUGCGAUUGUGCAGGGCACACCGCCGACGUGUAUUGCAGCCAUUGACACGGCGAUCCGCGCCCUGGACGCACUGCUCACCACCGAUGAUGGCAGGCUGCACGCCUUGCUCUAUGUGGCCAACGUGUCACGCAAAGGCAGCGUACGUGAUGUGGCGAACGCCUUUGCGAGUGUGUUGGGCCUGUUCCAAGGCCAAAGCUGGAUCGUCCCCAAGGCGAUGAAUCCAUGGCACGCAUUUUGCGCUAGGCUCACAGACCCGGCGCAGGCAGAGCAGCUCCGACGCGCGUUUCCUGACCAGAUUCGUACAUUGGCUGACGUGCCGAUGGAGCUGCUCAUGUAUGCCUACGCUCUACGGAGCAUGGAUCGCAGCACAGGAUUUACCAACAUUGAUGGGGACAUGCAGUGCUUUCGCGAGGACCACGGCACGCUGACAUCGAGCAAAGCAUGGACAUACCAGACGUGUACAGAGUUUGGUUUUUUCCAAGUGGCUUCAUCGAGCGGCCCGCGCCUCAUGUCGCUGCUCCUUUCGCACGACUACUUCACGAAGCCAUGUCGGGAGGGAUUUGUCCAGGGAGUGCAUGCCAUUCCCUCUGCACCGAAUACGACCGCUGUCAAUGCUUUCGGGGGCCUUGACCUGAGUAUGGAUCGACUUGCGUUUCUCGACUUUGAGUAUGACCCUUGGCUGCCUGUGACCGUGCAUGGUGGUGCCGAACGACGCGAUACGCUGCAGCGUCCGUACAAGUGGGUUGCGAACUGCUGGCAUGCGUGCGACAUGAUGGCUUAUCCUCAGUCACUCGACUCAGAGCCGCGCAGGAUUCAAGCUCUGCAUCACGAUAUGCUCGCCUUCAUCUCGGCAUGGCUGACCAGCACAUAG